CAUAGUUUCAGCUACAGGCAAAGAUGAAGGCAUGGAGGUGAGACGCCCCUCUGUCCCCUUACUGCUCCUGACGCUGCUCAGUUUCUUGGCAGGGAUCGUAAUUAGCCAAGCACUGACUCCCCACCACCAGGUGAAUGGGAUUCUGGGAGGAUCGGUCGUGCUGUCUGUGGAUCUAUCCCCUGGGAAAAAGGUGAAAGAAAUCGAAUGGAGCUUUCGUGCUGUGUCAGGUGUGACGAUCCAGCUGGCUGAGUUCAGUGCGGGGAAGUUUGAGCGACCCAAUCCCAGCGACAGAUUUAAGCAGAGGCUAGAAAAGUACAACGAGACCUCGCUGAGGAUCAAGGCUCUGGAGCUGGGCGAUAGCGGAGUUUAUGUGGCCCGGAUUAAGAUAGUACCAGCAACUGUGGAGGAACAGGCCUUUCUCCUCGCAGUCUAUGAGCCAGUGCCAGCGCCGGAGAUAGAGAGUCACUUGCUCUCCAGCACGGCAGCUGGGUGCAAUGUCACUCUGCAGUGUCAGGUGUCUGGCAGGGAAGCGGUUAACGUCUCCUGGAGGAGAGGGAACCCACCCCGAGACCUGGGUGAUUUGGAGCGGUACCAGCUCACCCCGGAGGGCAGGACCCUCCGCCUGUCUCUGCAGCCCGACCCCCCGGACUCUACCUUCACCUGCACGGCCAGCAACCCCGUGGACCAGAAGAGCGUCUCACUUGACCUGCAGAGCAUCUGCCAAAGCAGAGACACAGACACAGACACAGCCAUAUGGAUGGGGCCUCUUUGCAUUGGGCUGAUCGUCGUCACAGCAGCCUGUGUCGGGAUGUGGCUGUGGAAGACAAGGAGGAAAAAGCCAGUCGGCCGAGCUGCUGUCCCCACGGUCCCAGAGGAGGAAUGUUCUUCAGAGCCCCACUACGCUGAGAUCAAGAGGAGGAGCCCUCCGGAGGGGAACGACCAGGACUCUGGCUUCCCGAGCGAGAGACCACUGAUCACCACCAUCUAUGAUCAGAUCCGAGUGGUCCCAGCUGGCCCCUCUGAGCAGGUUACCUAGGCCAGGUGAGAGCUGUGGUUAGAGUGGAUCUCAGGCUGCGUCUACACCACAGAAGGGAACCGUUCCUAAUGGAGUGAGUUGAGUGGAACUGGUUUCCGAGUGAAGAGCUCCAGAAAUGUGUAUCUAUCCCGUGGUGCAUUCUGGGAGACUAAAGGCAUCUCUAUGCAUUGUGGGAUGGCGAUAAGCUGAACCGUUUCUGCUGUUCGCCCCAGCCUGGCUGGAAGGUGUUGGGGUGACCUGGUACAGUCUGUAACGGCGCUUAGACCUAAAUGAAAGGAGAUUUGGCCUCUGUCUGGACCCUCACAAGAGCUUUUGGGUGCAGGGGGAAGGUGUGCUACACAUCGGGCUGGCUGAAAAAUUUCCAUACAACCUGUUUUUUUGACAGAAAUGAAUUUGGGGGAGGUUGAAAGUAGGUUUUCUGUGGAAAUUUUCAACUUUUUGUCAAAAAACCAGAACACCCAAAAACAAAAAUAUAUCAUCCACACAACUGAAAAAAAGUUGAUUGGGAAAUGCUACCACGUUGCCUCAUGGGGUUUGUAGUUUGGCUGCCUCAUGCCCCCAUUCUGCUGUAUGGGGUGGGCUCCCCAGCCAGACUACGUUUCCCAUGAUGCACCGUGGCCAUGGGACGUACAGCAGACGAUCAGCGAGGUGACCGGGGUGCAUUGUGGGAGAUGUUGUCCAACCAGAGGGCUGAUCCACACAGGAGAAUGAGGGCACAAGGCUCCCACACUACAACUCCCAUGAGGCUCGGCGGUGGCAUUUCUAAAUCAAAGUGCCUUGUGGGGAAUAUACAGUUCUCAGCAUAAUGGAUCUGUUUCUCAUUGACAUUAAGCCCCCCUUUGCACCAUCAUGGCUGCAUAAAGAGUCUUUAAAGUGGGCAUAAAUUGUAGUUAAACAAUUAGGACUUAGGACUUCUCCACAUGGGGAAAUUAACUGGAAUAGCUACUGCAGAAUAGUUCCCCAUGUGGACGUUCCAAUUCCAGAGUAAGAGUGCUUCGGAAGUGGAUUAAGCUCAUUUGGGGUAAGACUUUCUCGUGUCCAUACAGGGAGAUACAUAGGAAUAGCUAUAGCACUUCAAAUUCACGCCCUGCCUUAAUCUGGAAUAGCUUCCCCUUGUGUAGACAAACCCUUAGGUCAUGUGGCAGGGACGCUCAGGAGAAACAGGGAAAUUGCACCGCCCAAAAUGUAGGUGCUUCCCUGAAUGCUCUGGAUCUCUUGCACUGGAAACACUGUGAGAACAGAGCGUGUUGUAUCGCCCCAAACGUCCCUUUUUUACUUCCCUCUCCAUAAAUCACAUGGGGCACUAAAUUCGCCCAGCAGGCUGAUGGCCUGGGAACAGCUCAGCAAUGUUUGCCUUGCCAGUGGGAGUGGAACUUUUGGCCAUGGUACCUGUCAGCAGAAGCAACUACUGAUCUGGGGUCGAGUCCACCGGGCGGGGUGAUGCCAAAUGGAUGAGACACACACGCUUUCAAAGAACCACAAAUCUGCUCCUUGGCAGGAGGCGAGAGCUAGUGGGGUAGAGUUUUGUCUUGGAAUUAGAGCAGGAGGCUGGGAAUCAGGACUCCUGGGUUCUGUCCCCA